AUGCCCAGCAGGACGGGCCCCAAGAUGGACGGGAGCGGCGGCCGCGUCCGCCUCAAGGCGCACUACAGCGGGGACAUCCUGAUCACCAGCCUGGAUGCCGCCACCACCUUUGAGGAGCUCUGUGCCGAAGUGAGAGAGAUGUGCAGCCUCCGCCAGGGGCAGCCGCUCACCCUCAAGUGGGUGGACAGUGAAGGUGACCCCUGCACCGUGUCCUCCCAGAUGGAGCUGGAGGAGGCCUUCCGCCUGUCCUGUCAGCGCAGGGACGACGGGCUCAUCAUUCACGUUUUCCCGAGCACCCCCGAGCAGCCCGGCCUGCCGUGCCCUGGAGAAGACAAAUCCAUCUACCGCCGUGGAGCCAGAAGAUGGAGGAAGCUGUACCGCGCCAACGGCCAUCUCUUCCAAGCCAAGCGCUUUAACAGGAGAGCGUACUGUGGUCAGUGCAGCGAAAGGAUAUGGGGCCUCGCGAGGCAGGGCUACCGGUGCAUCAACUGCAAACUGCUGGUCCAUAAACGCUGCCACGUGCUCGUCCCGCUGACCUGCAAACGGCAUAUGGAUUCUGUCAUGCCUUCCCAAGAGCCUGCAGUAGAUGACAAGGAUGACGACGUGGACCUCCCUUCCGAGGAGACCGAUGGCAUCCCUUACAUCUCUUCGGCCCGGGAACGUGGCAGCGUCAAAGGCGAUUCCGAGGACCUCAAGCCAGUCAUCGAUGGGAUGGACGGAAUCAAAAUUUCUCAGGGGCUGGGGCUGCAGGACUUCGACCUCAUCAGGGUCAUCGGGCGUGGCAGCUACGCCAAGGUCCUCCUGGUGCGGCUCAAGAAGAACGACCAGAUCUAUGCCAUGAAGGUGGUGAAGAAGGAGCUGGUGCACGACGACGAGGACAUCGACUGGGUCCAGACGGAGAAGCACGUGUUUGAACAGGCCUCCAGCAACCCCUUCCUGGUGGGCUUGCACUCCUGCUUCCAGACCACCAGCAGGUUGUUCCUGGUCAUAGAGUACGUCAAUGGCGGGGACCUCAUGUUCCACAUGCAGAGACAGCGGAAGCUUCCGGAGGAGCACGCCAGGUUCUACGCUGCUGAGAUCUGCAUCGCUCUCAACUUCCUGCACGAGAGAGGGAUCAUCUACCGGGACCUGAAGCUGGACAACGUGCUCCUGGACGCGGACGGGCACAUCAAGUUAACGGACUACGGCAUGUGCAAGGAAGGCCUGGGCCCGGGCGACACCACGAGCACUUUCUGUGGGACCCCGAACUACAUCGCCCCAGAGAUCCUGCGUGGGGAGGAGUACGGGUUCAGCGUGGACUGGUGGGCGCUGGGGGUGCUGAUGUUUGAGAUGAUGGCCGGGCGCUCCCCCUUCGACAUCAUCACCGACAACCCCGACAUGAACACUGAGGACUACCUGUUCCAAGUGAUCCUGGAGAAGCCCAUCCGCAUCCCCCGCUUCCUGUCCGUCAAAGCCUCCCACGUCUUGAAAGGGUUUUUGAACAAGGACCCCAAAGAGAGGCUCGGCUGCCGGCCACAGACCGGAUUUUCCGACAUCAAGUCUCACGCAUUCUUCCGCAGCAUAGACUGGGACCUGCUGGAGAAGAAGCAGGCGCCGCCGCCCUUCCAGCCGCAGAUCACUGACGACUACGGACUGGACAACUUCGACACGCAGUUCACCAGCGAGCCCGUGCAGCUGACCCCCGACGAUGAGGACGUCAUCAAGAGGAUCGACCAGUCCGAGUUCGAAGGGUUCGAGUACAUCAACCCGUUACUGCUCUCCACCGAGGAGUCCGUGUGAGGCGUCCUGUGCCGUGGACACGUCCGUGAAUGACCCCCACUCCUUCACCACAGCGCAUGCAUGCCGGGGAGGGACGCUGCCGCCGAGGCCGGCGCCUCUCGGGCAGAACAGUCGCGUCGGCCGCCCGCGGCUGCGUGCUGGAGGACUCGCUGCUUGUGCCUGCAUCGCCGAGGCCCCGCGGUGACCGCGUCCGAGGGACGCCCAGGCCCACGAGCGAAGGUGCACACUCCACAGAGACAGGCCGCCUGCUCCACCGGGACUUCCUGUAACGUCCUGAGGAAUAAAAUGUACCGACGGUGUCGAGGCUCCCCUGGCUGCCUUCUUUCCGCGGGGGCACGGCUGGCGUCGCGGGGAGCGUGGCGCUGCGCCUGCCGUGGGCGGGGACGGGCGUCCAAGUGCCUGCCGCGGAGUUUCUACCAUUUUCUAAGUCCCGGUAAGUUCCCGUUGUUAACAUUUAACAAUAUUUUCACACUGAGCAUGUAAGUAGCCGUGCAGUCGCGCCGCGCCAUGCCCCUCGCCGUGGCCGCCGUGGCACAGGCCGGGGAGAUCGGGUGGCGGGGUUCUGACGUGUUGCUCAGCAAAGCACCAGUAGACCAAAAAAAGGAAGGAUGUUGAAAACUAAAUCUGCUCAAAAUAUAUUUCUGAAAACACUAGGCCGUGUCUCCGUGAUGUCUUGUGUUCGUAUCCGAUCUGGGGGAAGUGUUUUCAUCGG